CGGGGCUGCGGCGGACCGCGGGCCUUAACAGACUGCGGCGGGGUGUCCCCGCGAGAGGCUGGCGGGCGCAGGGCCCAGCCGGGAGCCUCGGCUCCGGCCUCGCGCGAUCGCCAGGCGGGGCGCGGGCGCGGCCUCCUGCGGGCCCUUGAUGCGGUUGGGGCAGCGCGGGCCAGAGCGGAGCCCGGCCCGGCGGCGGGCGCGGUAGGAGGCGGCGGGGCCGCGGGCCCGGGCCGGUGACUGCGGCGCCCCCACGAUGGACGCCCUAGAAGAGGAGAGCUUCGCGCUGUCCUUCUCCUCCGCCUCUGAUGCAGAAUUUGAUGCUGUGGUUGGGUGUUUAGAGGACAUUAUUAUGGAUGAUGAGUUCCAGUUAUUGCAGAGGAACUUCAUGGACAAGUACUACCAGGAGUUUGAGGACACAGAAGAGAAUAAACUCACCUAUACCCCCAUUUUUAAUGAAUAUAUAUCCCUGGUAGAGAAGUACAUUGAAGAGCAGCUGCUGGAGCGUAUCCCAGGCUUCAACAUGGCGGCUUUCACAACAACACUGCAGCACCAUAAGGAUGAAGUGGCUGGUGACAUCUUUGACAUGCUGCUCACAUUCACAGAUUUUCUGGCUUUCAAGGAGAUGUUCCUAUACUACAGAGCAGAAAAGGAAGGCCGAGGACUGGACUUAAGCAGCGGCUUGGUUGUGACUUCUCUGUGCAAGUCAUCUUCUACACCAACUUCUCAGAACAACCUGCGGCACUAGGUCCCACCUUCAGACACCAAUGUGAUCACUGAAGUCACCAGCCCAGCCAGCUCAGAGAAACAUGGGCUAAUGAUGACAGAUGCACCAUGUGAAGUAUUGAGUCCUGAAAACAUGACUGACCCUCCUGGCCCUUGUCCAGAAAUACCUUGUAGUCAGUCACCUUCAUGUCCAUCCCUCCUGUCCCAGUGCAGGCACCUCUCCCAGGUGCUUCUGAGUGACUCCUGGAGCCGGCCCAGGUUGGCCACCUCUCCUUGAGGCCCUUCCCCAGCAGUGUGGUAGUAUAGUGUGUCAGCAGAGUGGACGGCACAGCAUCAUGAGCCCAUCCGGCAGGCUUUUCAUGAGUGCACUUGUGCACCCACAACUGUUUUUACAUGGGUCAGCUUCAGUCCUCAGCAUCAAUGUGGUUUUGUUUGGGAGUGUUUAUCUAGGAAGUUACUGGGACCAGAUGCCUGUUCUGAUUUCUAAAUCUCCUAAGAAAUAUGUAAAGAAUUCCCAAUCUUACAUUAGCCGUCCUUUCAGCAGCAAAUUCUGCUGGUCUUACCAUGUAGUCCCACUGUUUCUCUAAGUCUCUAAGCAUUAUUUUCAAGAAACAUAUUUUUAUAGAUGAAAACUCAGGCUAACCCAGUGAGUAUGAUCUUGGAAGGCCCAUGAUCAACCACUUAAAAGAUCAAAGUAUUAUAUGCUGUGUGCUUUUUAGUUGUGAGUGCUGUGAGUGCAAAUCUGCUUUCCAAUUAUGCCCCUCUUCUUGGGCACCAGUGCAAACAGAUUGUAUGCUAGAAAUAGGCUGCUGCUCUGUCACAGUAGCAUGCUAAAUGUGCUUGUGCAUGCUUGUCUGCAGUCCUGUCACCACAGCGUGGCAUGUUGUGUGCUUGUGCAUGCUUGUCUGCAGUCCAUUGUGUAAGCCAGUGAGCUGGGUUUUCUGUUGGAGUGUAUGUAGGGACUCUACAAUUUGUUCCUGUCACAAUCUUUCCUGCCAAGUUGAUCCCCCCUGAUCCAGCUCAGCCUGGGAAGAGGGGCAGUAUGCAGUUUUUCUGGCCAUCUGUCAUCUUUGGUGGACUGUCACCUACCAGAAAGCAUGUGUGUCACAUCUCUAGAAAGAAGAAAACAGUUUGAUUCCUAGUGUAUACUUUUGACUUUAACUUUUAUAGUAAACCUAAAAAUCCACACCGACUUUCCAUGUGACUAUUCUGACUUUACAGGAUGUAAGCUAAGAGCAGUGUGUCACUUUGUGCUUUUGUAAAAUGAGUAAAAUUUGAGGUGUUUGGCAAGAAUAA